ACUUUUAUUUAAUUUAUAUUUAUGGUCCUAUUUUCUUAGCCACUGUUGUUGGUGUGAGCGCGCGAAUGUGUGUCGGCAUUAUGAUUGUACGCUUAUUAUUAUGGCCGCAUACGAAGUAAUUUCCAAGUUAACUUUUCAGUUGAGCGCUGGAACAGCUGAAGAACGCGAGCGAGCGUCCAGAUCAGAUCGCCGUCGGAUUCUCGUUCUUAUUCACGAUUUAAGUCGUUAAUUGUCGUGCUAAGUGCUCCGCUUUGUGUUUUCUGACCUCAAACACUUGUUGACAUCUCAACAUUUCGCAACUCAAGUAUUUCUGUGAAAUUCAUCAGUUCGGAUAAUCUAGUUCAUCUUUCUGUAUCUUCUGCAUCUGUCAGAUGGAUUUGUGAACUGCAUCUUUGUUUUAAGCGAGUGAUCUUUUGUUAGUAAACUAUACUUACAGACUUUUACAUAUAUUUAUGAGAUUACCGCUCUCGCGUAUCUAAUUCCAACGGUCACGAUUACUUAUUGGGAGCGAUAAAGAGUGAGCUUUUCGGUUUUCAAAGUUCUCCCAGUGAACAGCUGUUUGGUAAAGCUUUGGGGUUUAUUUUUCCCCAGCCCAGAGAGCACUGCACCUUGCAGAGAGAUAGAGAGAGCAAGAGAGUGAUAAAGAGCGGGAGUGGGGCAAGUUUUAUCAGUUUUGAAGUACGAUUCACAGAUAAGAAAAAGUCGGCGGCGGGUGUUAAGUCAUUUACACAAUUUAUCGCUUCUUCGCUUUGCGCAAUCGAAUGGAAAACCGGAGUCCAUUGCAUUCCGGAUUGGAGUAGAAACCGGACACCGCACACGACAUCAACAUGAACAAACUACGGGCCUUGUUGCCCGGUCAACAUUCGUCCAAUGGAGCAUCCCGACAUUCCGUCACGCUGGAACCGGAGAUCGGUUUCCAGAUCACAAUCGAUAGUCCAAAAGAUGGUGAUCAGAUCAAGGCAGUGCCAGAACUCAAUGUUCACCUCAUCGCCGCUCGACAUCUGCCCUCCCUUUUCGGCUUCAAGAUCGUUCAGGGCUAUUUGAUAAAGGUAAAGCUAUUUCCUGGUUCAAAACGCAUGGACAGCAGUAUUCAGACAAACACGUGGCCAAAGUUCAAUGAAAACUUCAAAUUUCCACUGGUGCCAGAUAUCAAAUCCUCCAUGAAGCAUGUAACACGACGUCCUACCAAUGGUCAGGCAAAUAGCUCAGAACCUGAGCCAGAACAGCUCUUUUCCGGACAGUUUGUGGUUUUUACGGUCUACGCCUUACUAGAACUACCGGCAACAAAUUUCAAUCGCUUUAAUAAGACAUACCGUUCGCUAAAGGACAGGAGCACUAGUUUUGUCCAACGCUUUGUGGAUCCAACAGCGAGUAUGCCAAGUGAGGCUAAGACUGAGGCUGGUGGCAAGCCAAGUGAUCAGGGCAAGGGAAAGAAGAAGUCUGAGAGUUCGGCAAGGGAUGCGAUGCCACCGCUGACUAUAAGUGAAUCAAGAAGGAAUAUUGGUUCCGUCACCUGCUACCUGGAAUCCAAGCUCUUUCAGCGCAACAGCCGAACGGGGAGCUACGCGACGGAAGAGCUGUGGCUGCCUAUAAAAGAUAUCACCACAACGGUGGCCAAGUCGUCGCCCAGCAACAACAAUUUUGUCAACUCCACCAAGGGCGUAGUUGAGCUGGCCCUCGAGGUUCGAGAUCUCCUGGAAUGCGAGUCACCUGUGGAUACAUCAAUACCCCCUCCGACGCCUUCAAAUACGCCCACUUCGCCAAAUCCGCCUUCCGCCCCCUCGGCAAACAAUUGGCAAAGGAUGACCGCAGAAGUCAAGCGGAAGAUGGGAAUAAGUAAUGCUGGAAAUUCCGAUUCCGGAAGGUACCUGCUUCGGGUGACCACAACGCGGAUGCGAUGCUCCAACAAGGUCAAGGAUGAACUGGAAGCCACGGCCAGUUCCGGAGUAUAUGUGAAAACGACAGCCUUUGAGCAUGGCAUCUAUAUAGAUGCCUGGAAGUCUCCAAUAUUCUUUCCCUCACUUUCCACCAAAUGGGAUGAUGGAUCUGGCGAGGGAGCGAUAGACAUUCCACUCCAGAGACUUGAACAGUUAGAGGAUAUAGUUCUUCGGAUAACAUUGGCCACCAAGAAGAUGGGCAAGAAACUGGUUUUAGGUACGGUUAUCAUCGGCGGUGAUCAAGCGGGUGAUACGGGCUCUGAGCAGAUGCGUUUGAUAAGGGAAUCCCCGCCUGGUCAGCGGGUGGCCGCCUGGCACUGUUACCAUUAAUUCAAACUCAAAGCUAUACUCCAAAAGCAAUGUAAAUAGUUAUAGUUAAUUCAUAUCCAAAUUCCUUUGUGCAUCUGCGUAGUAAUUGCUUUUCGAAUGCUGAAAAUAUUAAAUUUCAUUGCGAAUUGUUAAA